AUGGACUCAGCUCCAGCAAGCUACUCCUCUACCCAUCCACCACCUAAAGAAAAUGCUCCAACCAGAAAGAAGCAUCUACCUUUGCGCCGUCGCUGCAAGGCUCCAUGCACAUGUCCUCUUCGCACAAUGCCCUCCAACCCUGAGACCGAAUUCGAGCAUUUCCUCAACCGCAACAGACAGGUUUGCGUCCCUACAUUCGAGGGAGAUAUCGAGAAGGGACCCAGCAUGAAUAAUACCGGAAUGGGGUUGAUCGCAAAAAAGGCCAUCCCGUCGGGCAGCGUGGUCUUCUCCGAGAAGGUUUUGAGCAUGGGCCCCGAUGACUUGACGGCGACCCGGGACGCCAAAGAUAUCGAGGGGGUACUGCAUCAGUUGGCAAAAAACAUGGGUUCUGAAUGGUAUUCCAAGUUCCUCGAGCUGGGUGCUGGUUAUGAGCCGAGUGAGGAUGACAAUGAGGAUACAAUGAUAGGAGAGAGACCCGGAGGGGUGGGCGCGUAUAUCUGGCACAAGCAUCAUAUGAGUGCGAAGUCGAAUGACCUGCAUGCCGGUUUUAUUGGGCUUAAGCUGGCGUGGUUGAAUCAUUCGUGCCUGUCGAAUUGUACAAUGACGCUGGUCAAAAGAUACCCUUAUCGAGGCAGUGCGAGAGCAGCCGUAGAGAAAGAGGGCGAGUUCCUGAUGCCACAAGAGCCGGUGGUGACAUGUGUUGUGGUGAAAGCUCUCAAAGACAUUGCCGAAGACGAAGAACUUACCAUUUCAUACUUCCGGAUUCGAGGCCCGCGCGAGACGAGACUGAUGACGACUCUUAUCCAUGGCCAAUUCUCUUGCGCCUGUUACUGGUGUUCUCAUUCCCACCCGGCCUCACUAUUCGAACGGACAUACGAAUUGCAGCAAGAUGUCGACAUCUUAAUGAGUUGUCCUCGAAUCAUCAAGCACCGACCCGCGUUGUUAUACCAAGCCGUACACGAUCUUGUGGUCAAUCUAUCCUUGAUUCGAAACCGUGACGCCUACAUCGCGCAGGUUUGGGCGCACUGCGCCGUAGUUGCCGGUUUUCAUUCCGAUAUUGCACGCGCCACCGCAUUUCUAGACAAAGCGAUAGAAAUCAUCCGAGCCCUGCGCCCUGCUCAAGACACGUUUCGGGGAUGGUAUACUCGCUGGCGACAUCACCUCCAGGAAAUGCCAGGAUACGGGACCUCAUCCCGAGGCCUGUCGACCGAGGAUCAGGGGGUCUCCUUGUCCGAGAACUGCGAAAUUCUAUUCAUGGGUGCCGCAAAUCCAGAAGAAUACCUGCGCGUGGGACAAUACCACCGCCUCACCGACACCAUGAAGGCGCGAAUCGGACCCAGGGUAGGCGAUGCCACCUUCUUCGUGGGUCCUGACGAGGAGUUUGAUGAGACACGCGAGGACCACGAUUGGGAGGCUUUCCCAGACACGUACCUCCGGUCCCGUGAGACUGCCGUCGCUACCAAGCGGAAUGAAAGAACGUUGAAGGUGUUAAAGCUGCUCGAGAAAGACUUCAAGGAUCCGUUCAAGGAUCCCGAGAAUUGCCGGAAGUUCGAAGAAGAGCUAAACUUGCUGUAUCUGACUUUGAAGGAAGACCACCCUCUCUUGGUUUCUGAACGAUUAAAAGGUGAUGAUACCGGCGCCAUGAGCAAGAGUCAUAUGGACGAAGUAUCGGAUACGGGUUCAGUGGCAACCGUAACGCCCUAUACCUACAAUCAAGAGCGCAAGAAACAAAAGAAGAAGAAGAAGAGCAAGGGCAAGAAGGAGUCAGAAAAGGCUCCGAUCGAGACCGAUGAAACUCAAGGCAAUUAA